AUGUUCAAACAAUUCGUUAGCGCCUUGCGUACUGUCGGUCGUACCUCGGUUAAGGCUCGUCCUGCCUUGACCAGAGGCUACGCCGCUUUCGACCGUUCUAAGCCCCACGUCAACAUCGGUACUAUUGGCCACGUCGAUCAUGGUAAGACCACCUUGACCGCUGCCAUCACCAAGGUUUUGUCCCAAAAGGGUGGUGCCAACUUCUUGGACUACGGCUCCAUCGACAGAGCCCCUGAAGAAAGAGCCAGAGGUAUCACCAUCUCCACUGCCCACGUUGAAUACGAAACUGACAAGAGACACUAUGCUCACGUUGACUGUCCAGGUCACGCUGAUUACAUCAAGAACAUGAUUACCGGUGCCGCCCAAAUGGACGGUGCCAUCAUUGUCGUUGCUGCUACCGAUGGUCAAAUGCCUCAAACCAGAGAGCACUUGUUGUUGGCCAGACAGGUUGGUGUCCAACACUUGGUUGUCUUCGUCAACAAGGUUGACACCAUCGACGACCCAGAAAUGUUGGAAUUGGUUGAAAUGGAAAUGAGAGAAUUGUUGACCACCUACGGUUUCGAUGGUGACAACACCCCAGUUGUCAUGGGUUCUGCUUUGUGUGCCUUGGAAGACAAGCAACCAGAAAUCGGUGCUGAAUCCAUCGCCAAGUUGUUGGACGCUGUCGAUGAACACAUCCCAACCCCACAACGUGACUUGGAACAACCAUUCUUGUUGCCAGUUGAAGACGUCUUCUCUAUCUCCGGUAGAGGUACCGUCGUCACCGGUAGAGUCGAGAGAGGUGUGUUGAAGAAGGGUGAAGAAAUCGAAGUUGUCGGUAACUUUGAAAAGCAAUUCAAGACCACCGUCACUGGUAUUGAAAUGUUCAAGAAGGAAUUAGACUCUGCCAUGGCUGGUGACAACUGUGGUGUCUUGUUGAGAGGUGUCAAGAGAGAUGAAAUCAAGAGAGGUAUGGUUUUGGCUAAGCCAAACACCGUCACUUCCCACAAGAAGUUCUUGGCCUCCCUUUACAUUUUGUCUACCGAAGAAGGUGGUCGUCACUCUCCAUUCGGUGAGAACUACAAGCCUCAAGUUUUCUUCAGAACCUCCGAUGUCACUGCUUCUUUCAAGUUCCCAGCUGGUGAAGGUGUUGAUCACUCCCAAAUGGUCAUGCCAGGUGACAACAUUGAAAUGGAAGCUGAAUUGAUCAGAGCUGUUCCAAUUGAAAUCAACCAACGUUUCAACAUCAGAGAAGGUGGUAAGACUGUUGGUACUGGUUUGAUUACUAGAAUUCUCGAGUAA